UUUCCAGCAAUUGUAACAACUGAUAACCCCGGGGGCCCCUUUCCAAACACAAAGGAAAUUGAGGAUACCCAGAGCCCGCGCUGCUUCCUGUACUUUCUCACUUGUAGUUUAUGUCACACAAGAAGCAGAUCUCACUAGUGUUCUCUGAGCAGAACCCCAUCACCAUGUGGCCCGCCGUCCUCUUCUUCUCCGUCUACUUUCUGAGGAUUUCAUCAGCUUGUGACUUCGCACCGUCACCCCCCCAGGAGACCGGCAUAGUCUGCAGGGUGACGAAGCCGGCAGCGCUAGUGUUGAAUGAGAAGACCUCCGAAGUCAUCCAGGCGGCCUUCAGGCAUGCAUCUUUUCCUAACAUCACCGGAGAAAAAUCGGUCAGAUUUCUGGGGACAGUGGCGUAUGGUCUAACAAAUAUCCAGAUCAGUAAUUUGACCAUAGAACACAGUGAAGUGGAACUGAAGGAGGACGACGCUGUGGAAAUCACCAUUAAAAAUGUCAGUGCGUCAUUCAAAGGAACUCUAAACUACGAAUAUGGGACCUGGUUUGUUUCAGUCGAACAAUCGAUUGACUUUGAAAUCUUUUCCUCCACUGAUUUACAAGUGAACACCAAACUCACUUGUGGGAAAAACCGCGUCGCUGCUGAUACAUCCGACUGUUACCUAACUUUUCAUAAGCUGCUCUUACAUCUUCACGGGAACAAAGAACCCGGUUGGUUUAAGCAGCUGUUCACGGAUUUAAUUUCAUUCACCUUAAAACUUGUGCUUAAAAGUCAGAUUUGUAAAGAAAUCAAUUACGUUGCAAACCUACUUGCGGAUUUCAUCCAAGACAGAGCAGAAAACUUUCUGAGUUAUGGAGAUAUUGGAAUGAAUAUUGAUAUCACAUCAUUUCCCGUCAUAAAAGGGAACUACAUGGAGUCCUAUCACAAGGGUCUUCUGGCCUAUAAAAACUUGACCGUUUCCUACAAUGCCUCCACAUUUUCCCCUUCACUUCUCACAGACAACAGGAUGCUGUACUUCUGGUUUUCAGAGCAGGUCCUGGACUCUCUAGUUUUGGCAUAUUUCCUUGAUCAGUAUUUGGUCCUGACUCUUACCAGAGUCGAGCUACAGGAUAUCUUUAAGAAGGAUUAUGAUGAGUCCCACCAUGAAUUCCUACACGAGAUCCUCCAAGAACGUCCAGCAAACCAUAUCGCUGCAAAAGUGUGGAGUCUCACAGCCCCGAGAAUCAAAAUUACGCCAAAGGGGACUAUUGUUACCGCUUCUGUUGCUGUCCAAAUUAACACCCCUUCCUCAGCAAAUUUAUACUUUGAAACGGACAUUGUUACUGCUGUCCAGACCUCAUAUGCAGACAAAAAACUGAUGUUGCACCCAACUGAUCCUUUAGUUCAUAUUAAAAAUGUCAGAAGUUCCCUGUCGGUUUCUUGGGAUAAAGAACAGAUGAGUCAAUUUCUCCAAACUGUGGUGCCUGAAUUUGGAAUUCCAGCUAUAGUGAAGCGUUUGGAGCCAGCGUUGACCUCUCUGAUGGACAGUAAAGGACUAUAUUUAUUUGAAAUUAUAAAUCCUGAAAUAAUCCCACAUGAGGGUUAUUUAAUAGUGCAGCUGGAUUUUGGAUUUCCUCAUCAUUUGCUGGUGGAUUUCCUGAAAAGGACCCUGUAGAAGAUGAAUCAAAGACCAAUGUAACCGUAGCAUCACAAUAUUUGAGCUGUGCUCCUUCAGUGCUACAAAAUGAUUUAAAGGCCAUCCAAUAAUAAAAAUCAGCCAGUAACAUUACAAGUAA